CUUGGACGGCCAAAGACAUCAAAUGGCAAAGACAUCAACACACAAUGUUCGUAAGUAUAAUGAAAAAUGUCUUGCAUCGUGCCAGCAAACGCCAAUGAUGCCACAAGAUGAACCCAACGCCUAAAGUAACGCUCGAUUGCAUUUCUUGCGAGGAUUUGCUUCAGAAACACCUCCAAGCGAAAGAGCGCUAAAAAGAGAACAGUCAAAGCAUAUGGCUGAUAGUCAGUCAGAGUGGAUGAUAUAAAAAGGUGCCGGUGAUAGCAGAGCAUCAUUCAGUUGAGGAUCUUCAAUCGUGCAGUACAUUCAACCAGUAGGCAGACAUGAAGGUGUUCAUUGUGUUCUCUGUGGCCCUGGCCCUUGCCAGCGCGGCGGCAGUCGACGAUUCGAAGAAGGAAAAGCGCGGACUGUUUGAGCUGGGAUCGUCCCAACAGGAAUCGUACGAAACCUACGGCUAUGACCACCAACAAUCUCACGGAUACUACGGUAACGACUACGCCGAGAAGGAAGUGAAACAGAUCAUCACGAAGAAGGUCCCAGUACCAUACCCAGUGGAGGUCGAGAAGCGCGUGCCAGUCGAGGUGAAGGUCCCAUACCCAGUUGAGGUUGAGAAGAAGGUCCCAGUGUACGUCGAGAAGAAGGUCCCGGUGUACGUUGAGAAGAAGGUUCCAGUCCACGUUGAUCGUCCAUACCCGGUGGAAGUGAAGGUCCCAGUCCAUGUCCCAGUUUACCAGAAGGAAUACGUCGAGGUCCCGAAGCCAUACACAGUUCAUGUCGAUAAGCCCUACCCGGUGUACGUGAAGGAGCCAGUGUACGUCGAAAAACCAGUUCAGUUCACUGUUCUUGUAAAGAAGGAGCAUAAGAAGCCAUUUUUCGGUGUGUUCAUUGUGUUUUCUAUGGCCCUGGCCCUUGCCAGCGCGUCGGCAGUCGACGAUUCGAAGAAGGAAAAGCGCGGACUGUGGGAGCUGGGAUCCUCUCAACAGGAAUCGUACGAAACCUACGGCUAUGAUCAACAGCAAUCUCACGGAUACUACGACAAUGACUACGCCGAGAAGGAAGUGAAACAGAUCAUCACGAAGAAGGUCCCAGUACCAUACCCAGUGGAGGUCCAGAAGCAUGUCCCAGUCGAGGUGAAGGUCCCAUACCCAGUUGAGGUUGAGAAGAAGGUCCCAGUGUACGUCGAGAAGAAGGUCCCGGUGUACGUUGAGAAGAAGGUUCCAGUCCACGUUGAUCGUCCAUACCCGGUUGAGGUGAAGGUCCCAGUCCAUGUCCCAGUUUACCAGAAGGAAUACGUCGAGGUCCCGAAGCCAUACACAGUUCAUGUCGAUAAGCCCUACCCGGUGUACGUGAAGGAGCCAGUGUACGUCGAGAAGCCAGUCCCAUUCACGGUUCUUGUGAAGAAGGAGCACAAGAAGCCAUUCUGGGGCUAACUUUGUAAGUUGCGACGAAUGAUGUUGGAUUGUGCAAUACACUAGUUGUUUUGGA